AUGGUAAAAGUCCUUGAAAAGCUUAUCAAGAAAGAUCAUAAGAACGCGGAAAAAGGGGAUCCUACAACGUUGAAUACUAUAAUCGUAUUAAAAGAAAUGAAAGUUGAUAGCAUAAGAACUAACCUCAUGAUAAAAAAAAAUAAUCCGAGCGAGAAAUAUGGGAAUUUACUUCACAUUGCAACGCCACUAUCCGCUUUGCAUGGAUGUAAUUUAUUUCAUGAGGAUUUUCAUAAGCGGAAACCGUAUUUUGCAAGAUCAAAAUCGUGUUUAUGUGAUUUGGGAUUGAGCAGAUCACCUGAUCACUCGAAUAAUCCUGAUACAAUCUUUGGAGUAAUUCCUUAG